AUGUCCUCUGGUCCUCCUCUGUCCUCCCCUGGUCCUCCUCUGUCCUCCUCUGGUCCUCUUCUGUCCUCCUCUGUGUCCUCUGGUCCUCCUCUGUCCUCCUCUGGUCCUCCUCUGUGUCCUCCUCUGGUCCUCUUCUGUCCUCCUCUGUGUCCUCUGUCCUCCUCUGUGUCCUCCUCUGUCCUCCACUGUCCUCCUCUGUGUCCUCCUCUGUGUCCUCCUCGGGUCCUCCUCUGUGUCCUCUGGUCCUCCUCUGUGCCCUCCUCGGGUCCUCCUCUGUGUCCUCUGGUCCUCCUCUGGUCCUCCUCUGGUCCUCCUCUGGUCCUUCUCUAUGUCCUCUGGUCCUCUUCUGUCCUCCUCUGGCCCUCCUGUGUCCUCGUCUGGUCCUCCUCUGUGUCCUCUGGUCCUCCUCUGUCCUCCUCUGGUCCUCCUCUGUCCUCCUCUGGUCCUCUUCUGUCCUCCUCUGUGUCCUCUGGGGGGGCAGGCUGCGUCCCUCGCCUCUCCCGGGGCUUCAGUGGUGCAGCUGUAGGGGGCGCUGUGGGCUCGGCUGGAGGUCUGCUGGAGAUGGACCCUGUGAUCCUGCUGCAGCUGCUGGAGCUGAAGGAGCACAGCAGCGUGGAGUCAGUGUGGGGGCUGCAGCCACGGCCGCCUCUCUCCCUGCUCAGCCAAGCCCACUUGAGGAAAGAGCGUGAGCAGCGGCGCCCCCAGGUGGUGAAGCGCUCUGUCCCGGACUCCGCGGUCCUGCUGCGACUCAAGGCCCAGAUGGCCGAGGGGACCCGCCCUCUCCGGUACCCGACUGUGAGAGGGUACCGGGGCCCAAGGGUGAGGAGCCGGAGGGACGGAGAGGACGAGGACAAGCGGGACAGUCAAGUACCAGUGGAGGGCGAGGACGAGUGGGACAGUCAGGUACCAAGAGAGGGAGAGGACGAGCAGGACAGUCAGGUACCAGGAGAGGGAGAGGACGAGCAGGACAGUCAGGUACCAGGAGAGGGAGAGGACGAGCAGGACAGUCAGGUACCAGGAGAGGGAGAGGACGAGCAGGACAGUCAGGUACCAGGAGAGGGAGAGGACGAGCAGGACAGUCAGGUACCAGGAGAGGGAGAGGACGAGCAGGACAGUCAGGUACCAGGAGAGGGAGAGGACGAGCAGGACAGUCAGGUACCAGGAGAGGGAGAGGACGAGCAGGACAGUCAGGUACCAGGAGAGGGAGAGGACGAGCAGGACAGUCAGGUACCAGGAGAGGGAGAGGACGAGCGGGACAGUCAGGUACCAGGCGAGGAUGAGGACGAGCGGGACAGUCAGGUACCAGGAGAGGAUGAGGACGAGCGGGAUAGUCAGGUACCAGGAGAGGGCGAGGACGAGCGGGACAGUCAGGUACCAGGAGAGGGCGAGGACGAGCGGGACAGUCAGGUACCAGGCGAGGAUGAGGACGAGCGGGACAGUCAGGUACCAGGAGAGAGCGAGCGGGUUAGUCAGGUACCAGGAGAGGGCGAGGACGAGCGGGACAGUCAGGUACCAGGAGAGGGCGAGGACGAGCGGGACAGUCAGGUACCAGGAGAGGACGAGGGGGACAUGGCCCCCGUCCUGGAGUCCUGUCGGGCCCCUGAGCUGCUGACGCUGGACUCUCUGCUCAUGACAGGAACAGUGAAGGCUGAGGCCCCAGCAGAGAGCCUGUCCUCUGGGGCCCCGAGCCCCAGUCCCAGUCUGCUAUUCUCCGGCCCUGGGUUCCUCAGCACAGGGGGGGCGCCAGAGCAGCCAGAGGGGUUUGGAGCACAUCACCCCAGUACACAGCCCCGAGUCAGCGCAGACCCGGCCUCAGCUGUGAGCAGUGACAGUGGCACCGAGGACGAGAGCCACUACAGCCCCCCGACAGGUGAGCAUCUGCUGUCGGAGGACGUGGGGCUGAAGUCUGAGAGAGAGAUCCGAGACGCAGACCCACGGGACCCAGAGAGAUCCGAGACGCAGACCCACGGGACCCAGAGAGAUCCGAGACGCAGACCCACGGGACCCAGAGAGAUCCGAGACGCAGACCCACGGGACCCAGAGAGAUCCGAGACGCAGACCCACGGGACCCAGAGAGAUCCGAGAAGCAGACCCACGGGACCCAGAGAGAUCCGAGACGCAGACCCACGGGACCCAGAGAGAUCCGAGACGCAGACCCAUGGGACCUAG